AUGGCGGAUGGAUUAGGAUCUAGUGAUAUGAGAAAUUCUUACAUUAAUAUUAACAUUUUUUUUAUAUAUAGAUUAUGUCUUUUACCACACUUGCCACCACAACAGAUGCCAGAAUUGCCAGAAGACUUCCACAUUCUUGGGGGCUUUCUAGCAAUCACAAGAUUGGCAACACGUAUGGGCAUACUGAACCGUAUUGUUCAGUUAGUGGACUAUGUCAGACAAUACUGGUUGACAACAGUACGUCCAUCCGGGUUUUCCGUUUAUGGUGUAAACAUCCGUACAAACAACUUUGUGGAAAGUUUUCACAGUAUGCUUAAGUCCACCAUAGGCAUACAUCACCCAGUCUGGUCUUUUUACGAUCGAUUACGAUCGGUUGAAAGUAGAGUACGGAGGGAAACAUACAAACAAUCAAUGGCCAACAAGUACGAAGAUCUUUUGUGUCUAGCAGAGACACAAAUAACUGCAUUUUGGCUGAUGCUCUACGGAACAUACGCUAUGGCCGCUAUGACACAAUGA